AUGUCAUUCAUGGAAGCCAUUAUAAAAAUUUCGAACUACGGGAAAUUUCUUAAAGAUUUAAUCUCAAAGAAACGUAGUUGGGAGGAUGUGUCAACAGUUACUUUGACCGAGGAUUGUAGUUCCAUAAUCUUAAGUAAAUUACCUACUAAACUUAAGGAUCCAGGGGGCUUUACCAUACCAUGUAGAUUAGGAGAGGUAGAUUUCCCUAGAUGCCUUUGUGACUUAGGAGCAAGUAUUAACUUGAAGCCAUUAUCUCUUUUUAAGAAAUUGGGUUUAGAAGAUGAAGUAAAAUGUACUAAUAUGGUUUUAAAACUUGCUGACCAAUCUAUUAAAAGACCUUAUGGCAUUAUUGAAGAUGUAAUUGAAGAUGUACUUGUUAAAGUUGACAAGUUUAUUUUUCCAACUGAUUUUGUCAUACUUGACUUUGUUUAUGAUGAGAAUUUUCCUCUUAUUUUAGGAAGACCAUUCAUGAACACAGGGAGGGCAUUAAUUGAUGUCUCAGAAGGGAAAUUAAUCCUUAGGAUAGGUGAUGAUAUCAUUGAAUUUCAUAUAGAUAAAGCCAUGAAAUGUCCUAUGGAUGAAGGUAAUUGCAUGAGGAUUGCCAUAGUUGAUACAUGUGUGCAUGAUAGUUGA